GCCAGGUCCUUCUCUCUCUGUUGGGUGGGGUAUUUCCCUUUGUAUUUCAACUUUCUGCAGGUCUCUCCCUUUUCGUCCCCCCCCCCCCCCACACACACACACAUCCAGGUGGAAGUUUUCAACCAAAUCAAAGGCAGGCCGGCGACGCUGGCUCCUUCUGCAGGCACAGGGCAGAUGGGAGGGUCCUGGGGCGUCUGGAAAUCGUUACCCCGGGGGAGUGGGCCGGCCUGGCAGAGGGAGGAGGCAGCCGGGAGGGGCUGUGCCCCACAGGAGAGCCGGGUUCUCAGAGACCCUGGUGGGCUCAGGGGGGGUCUCUGCCUCUCUUGCGGUCUGUGCCUCCUGGCCCUCCCAGGCCUCUCCCCCUCCCUCUGCUGCCCCCUCGCUGGGGUCUGUCUCCCCCUCAUCUCCCUUUUCGCACCCCCACGCCAGCCCCGUUCUGUGCCCCUCUAGGGAUCUCUGCCCCUAGUCCCCAGACCUCUGUCUCGCUCUGCCCAUCCACUUGCCUGCGGGCCCUUUCAUUGGCUAGGCUCCGAGUGGGCGGGUUCUGUCACCUGUGGCAACAGCAACAACAAGCCUGCUCCCGCUUGGCUACUGGGUCGGGGUGGGUCAUGGCUGGGCGGACCCUGGCGCUGCGCUACGGCCCCCCAUGGUCCCCCAUCUCCGGAACUGAGGUGCCUGGGUCCUGGCCCAGCUGGCAUCUCACCAGCAGCGGCGUUGCGCACCACCACAUCCCCUCCCUGCCCUUCCCCCCGCCCAGCGUGCAGUGCACAGUCGCGGGGCCCCUGCCCCCGGCCGCGAAGCAGGACUGGCCCAUCGGGGCUUUCGACGAAGUCUUUAACACAUGGGAGACAACCUCGGGCUCGGCGCACGUGCGCAAGACUCACGGUGGGCCCUUGGCGCAGGCCCGGGCCCAGGAGCCCGCGGACCCCACGCGCACCUUGGGGAUCAAGUCUUUAGGAGAAAAGCUCAGACACCACGGCUGGCACCUGGCGGGGACCGCCGAGAUCCAGAGCGAGACGAAAGCGAAGUACCCGGGCUGGCUCCCCGCGCCGCUGCGCGCCCCCUCGCCCGGCGUGCCGCAGCCCCUGGAGCUCGCCGACCACCUCUGCGGGGGCCCUUCGCAGGCCCUCAUCCCCUGGACCAGGAACACGGAGCUGGCCGGCCAGCCCUUCAUGGUGUCUGACCAGGGCGUCCUGAACCGACACCAGCCCUACCUGACCACUACCGCCCGGGACUUCCGCUACUACACGAAGAAGGAGCUGUCCGGAUACCCGCGCAAGGACUCGCUGACCUACUGGAACUUCGAGCAGACGCCCCGGGUCUGGGCCAAUGGCCCGCAGCGGGCACCCUGUUCGCCUUUCCCUCAGCCCUCGCGGGUCCGCGUGCCCCGCGCCGGCCCCGCGCCGCCGGCCGUGCCGCACCGCGGGGCCCUGCCCUUGGCUCGGGAGUCCUUCUGCCCCCCGCUGCACGCACUGCGCCGCCUCGACCUUUCCUGUCCUCUGGAGGCGCCCUGGGGAGGUCCCCACUGGAGGCCCCUGCCGGGCAUCUACAGCACGCCCAAAGCCUACAGCACCGAGAGCUCCCGCUACGGCAGCGGGAGGCCGGAGCUCGUGUGAGCGCGCCUGCCCACGGGGCCAGCCCGGCCGGGACUCCCCCGAGCAGCGGAGACAGCGCCCGGACUGGGACACGCCCACUCAACCACUUGGUGUGGGCGGGGCUACCCUUGAACACGCCCCCCAGCUCGCGGCGGGAGGGACUGAGACUGGAGAGGGGGCCAGGGCUCACCCCGUCCAAGAGUUAAACAUAAACCACGCGUUCUGGGGAGCGCUGGGAGCGUCCGGAUUCUAGGGUUGGCUGCGGGAGCCGCGGAGCUCCGGCUGGCUCUCCUGCCGGGGCGCAGGCCGUCUCGGACUGUGCAGUCCAGGAUGGCAGCCACGCGCCUGCCAGGCUGCACCGGCACUAGGAAGGCCUCGAGCCAGCGGCAGUGGAAGGGUUCACUUGGGCCCAGCCCUGGGCCGGGGUCCCAGGAGCCUCCCACAGUUUCGCCGAGGUGCACCCACGGGCAGAGGCGGGGCUCUGCACCCACAGUGGGCCCGUGCCGCUGGCAUCGAGGACUGUCUGUGCGGCCACCUCACCGUGGCCUGUGGCACUGGAGCCACCGGGAGGGCUGGGAUGCUGUGCCGGGCGCUCCUCACCUCCCUGACCUUGUCCGCCUCUCGCCCCCGGGGGAUUUGUGUCCAGGUUACCCCUGCGUGCUGCCACCACCUGGUGGCCUUGCCGCCUCCACAGCCCAUGGGUAUAAAGCCAGGUAGAUGAGCAGGGGCGGCACUCGGGAUGGGGACGCUCCAGGUAAGACUGCAGGGCCCGGGCCCUUCCAGCUCCACCUGGGCCGCAGUGCCAGCCGGCGGGCUUCCUGGAGGACGGAGCAGGUGGGGGAGUGCCGGGGGGUGUCCCUGGGGCUGUGGAGUGAGCGCCGGCAGGUGUCUGGCAGGGCCCCUGUCCCUGAGCGCCUGG